GCUGAUGAGAAAGAAGCGACAGGUCGACACAGGUAGAAGACUGGACAGAGCGAAAAAACAAAAGCCAGCAACAGCAAAAACCGAAAAAAUGCGGGAAGAGCAGCGAAGAAGAAUAGUGGAGCAACAGCAAGAAGCGGAACGGGGGAGGGAGGAAUUAAUUCAAACGAUCAGCGGCAAGAGCUGGGUGCGUUUACCCGGCCAAAGAAGGGAGGUCUGGCACCUCGAAGAGAACGACCGGGUGCAGUUCGACGUGGACAGCGAAGAUUUUUGUGAGAAUACAGGAAGGGAGAUUAAAUAUGUCUGCGGGAUCGCCUUCUACAAAAGCCAGGAUAACACCUGGCAAGCGGAGUGACUUUCGGGUCAUUCCGAAUAAAGCAGUACUGGGUGCCCGUCCACUCAUAAGAUAAAAGAGAUGAUGAAGAAACAUCCAGGACACGCACAAAUAUGAUGAUGAUGAUGUUCCACUACUAGGUAGUACUACUUUUUGCUUGUUCUGUGAUUGAUUCAAAGUCGUCGACAAAGAGCUUGUCGUCGGUGGUCCUCGAGAAGAUACUGUUCAUCUUAGCGUGGCUAAGCAUAUUCGAGCCCGUUUUAGUGUCGUGUAACAGGAUGAAUAAGGGUACCAACAGU